AUGUCUACCUCUCUCGAGCAUCAGGUUGUCAAAACCUCAAAAUCCAAGAAGAAAUCGAAGGAUAAAGACAGGACUAGGGCGAAGGAGGUCGCGGUCUCUUCAUUAUCAAACGUAGAGCCGAGAAAUGAAGGAGAAAACCCCCACUGGGCAUACCGGCCACCGGACGGUGCUGUAGAGAUCGAAUACGACAGCGACCUAGGUGAAUUCGACUGGGAUGCGGUCAAAAGUGACGAGAACCUCGAGCUAUGGGUUAUCAGGGUUCCAGACGGGCUCAAAACAAAAUACUUAGAGGGCGUCGAGAUCGAGUCUUUACCGUCUAUGUCUCGGAGCGCUCGUAUAGGCUCCAUUGACAGAAAACACACGUCCUAUGACAUAUGGUCCAUAGGGGAAGAAGAUGACGAGGAGAAGCCCGACGUCCUUAUCUUAGGCGAGGAGAUGAGAGGUCUGUCAUGCCUGUUACCUCGGAGCAAGAAGGGAGGGAAGCUAUAUCAAGCUCCAAAGACCUUUUCACGACAUAUUAUCAUCACGAGCAAGCCGACUCUACCUACGCCAGAACCCUCGUCCGACUCCUCCAUAGACUCCGGGUCUGAUCUUCAGAGCGCACCGCGACAGAGGUACCCGAAGGAACUUUUGACGCAUCGUUUCAUGCCUUACGGUUCCCUUGGUGAAAACGGGGAGUCGGCCGGCGAUGCUAUGGACGUGGAUUUGGAGGCGCCGCCAUCUACUCAGGUACCGAGUGCGACCCAAGAUCCGGACAGCCCUGUGCGGGAGAAGAAGCACAAGAAGCGCAAGGGUGAUGCUGAAGGAGACGCCGCUAAAAAACCAAAGAAGACGAAAAAGUGAUCUCCACUGCGUCACCAUUGCUGGUAUCAUUCUUUGUUCUUGGCGCAAUGCGAAUAUUCCUCAACGUGCGUCGCCUCCUCCACCUAUCAUUGUGCCGCGACAAAAAAGUACAACAACGCACACCGCACCGACUAUGCAAUCACCCGACUUCCAUCUCAUCUCCUCUCGCCCUCCCCUUCCCUUCACUAUCACCAUUAGUACUACUACCCUUAGUCCGUGUAUCCGCUGGUGUAGACUUUAGCUUCUCCGCCUCCUCCUUCCGUAUAUCCUCCUCUAGCCCCUCGUACAAACUCUUCUGCGGUAGCCCAUAGAUCCGUCCGGGGUUCUCCCGCUCCUUCUCCUCAAACACCGACCCGACCGCGUCGACCCACUGUCGUCGCGUAUUCACCAACUGCUUUAACUGCGCCGGGACAGUGAGCUUGAGCUCGUCGUCGGGGCCCAACCCUAACGCGGCAGGACAAGGAGGUAAGGAAGAGAUGAGGACGGUAUUAUUGCUGCCACUGCCAUUUCCGUUGCCGUUCACAGUGGCAUUUGCGUUGGCGCUCCCAUUGGCACUUGCAUUGCCGUUGACCUCCACACCUUUCUUCUUCUUCUUGCUCACCUUCGGCGCGUCCUUCUUCUGCAAUUUGGUGUACAAGCUGAUGAUGUUCUUGUCGAUCGAGUCGCGCAGAUCCAGGUAUUCCUGGUACCCCAGGCGAU